CCAGGAGGUUAGUCUCGCUCAAGUUCUCGUCGCGUUCGUGUGUCUUCCCACCAGCUAGCCAAGCCGCGCUCACUCGGCGACGCACGCCACCAGCCAUACAGAUAGCCUUGCAACUCCUUAGUAAAGUCGCUCCCCUAAACACCUGUCGAGCUUCUCGAAUAGGAGACAGGAACUGAAAGUCCCUGUCGUGACACGUGUUGUUACUGUCACUCCUCCUGAGACAGGCUGCACACUGCCCAGGCGUCACUACUGCAGCAGCCACGGCUCAGCACCCAACACCAGCAGGAGAAGCAGCACGGCCUGUUUGAUGGACAAAGUGUUUUUGGGUGUCCGGGAGAAUCGUGGAGACCUACACUCAUCACGAGGGUUCAGGAACGCUGACACGCCCACCACUCAAAGUUACUGAAGGAUUUGUUGGAUUCCCGUCAAUCCCCCAGUAGUUCCCAGGCGGUGAGUGGCUCGUCACUCACCCCAAUCCGGCGUUCGUGUUUCCGUCGAGCGUCCCCUAACUUGGUGCGUGUCACCAGUCUUGGUGACCCCGCACCGCUUUUUCUACACGUUCGGUUCCCAAACUUGCCGCCACGAUUAACAUGGCAGCGGCGUUAGUGGCCCGAGGGCCUGUUCGGUCGAGAUCGACUGAAAUAUUGUGUGGGGGUUCCUUCAGCAUCGUGGUGGACAGCGUGGAUGGCGAGGUGACGGGCGGCGCCGCUGACGAGGAGGUCUUCGGGGAGGAAGCAGGGCUGGCCGGCGGGGGAGGGGACAUCGACGCCAGAAGUGACGUCUCUAACGCCUCCAGCCGGGGUUCCAGGACAUCGCUAUCAAAAGAGGAGACCGACGCCAAACUCGCUCUCUUCAAGACGGAGGCAGCAGCGCGGCUGACGGAGCUGGAGCGCCUGCUGGACGAACACGACCAGAUAAUCCGCGAGCUCAAGCGAUCUGAGAGUGACAGCGGCUGCAUCAACUACGUAGGAGUGACUCCCGCCCCGUGUUCCUCUGCCAACAACCUAGACAUUCUUCCCAUCACCGUCACGCCCCCCGCCACUUCACGCACGGCCCCCACCUCGCCCCUCUGCUCCCAGCCUCGCUCAGCGCAACACCAGGGCGGGUGGAAGAUGGAGCGUGAAAACAGUAACUGAGGUAGCCACUGUUCUCCGUGGGAUAAAGAAGUAUCUUUCCUGGGUAAUUGCUGAUAGGAGUGGAAUGGAAUUAAAGGGAUGUCUCGCACAGGACUCCCGCAUCCCCUCAGGAGGAGUCGUGAAUUACUACCUGUUCAUUCAGAGGACCAGAGUAGGGGCACCAGAUAUUGCAGUCACAUGCUUUAUCGACUCUCCCCCAGUGAAUAUAUUGGUUAGAUAAAAAAAAUAUAUAUACAUAUAUAUAUAUAUUUUUUGAUGAAAUCCUAUUAAUUUUCUGAAACUAAAGCUGUGAUAAUUGGCUGUAAAUAAAAAGCUAAUUAACAUGCCGUAUAGGUACAUACCUGAAGAGCAGUCCAUGGAGAGAGAUGACUGAAGCACUUGCAGCUGUAGUAUUAAUGCUCAGUAGUUAAAAUGUGAUGAUCAUAUUACAGAUUAUUUCCUCAUUCAUAGUGACAAUUCAGAUAUUUGCUAUCAUGUUUCUGUUCACGUAUCUGAUUGUUUGGAUAUAUGUCUUAUGGUGUAAUUUACUGGACCCAACAGCUCUUCAACUCGAAGUAUUUGUCCUGAAAAUCAAGAAAUAAGCAUUAUUCACAAAGAUAACACCAUGAACACCACAAAACACUGAUCAUUGCAUCAAGCAGCCCAGCACUGGAAUGCACGGCACACCACUGCCCAUUAACUUAAAACACUGGAGAGCACAGGGAGCACUGAGCACUAACUUAAUGCAAUCAUGCACAUAAAAAGAAGCACAAGAUGCACAGAAGAAUGCACAUCUUGUAUCAGUAAGGCACUGACAAGACUUGAAUAGCUGCACUGCACUGAAGCACAAUUACACCACACAGUAUAGUAUGAACACUUCUUAGCACUACACUACAAAGCACAGCACUAAAAAUGCACACUACAUGCAACUCAAUCAUAGUCACAUUAGCACAGCACAGUGCACAGCACAGUGCACAGCACACUAGAAGGGCACUGAAUGUAACUCAAAGACAGUUACACCUUAAAGAGCACAGUGCACAUUGUAAGAGGAAGCACAAUCAUUCUGCAAGCACUAAAACUCUCAUCAGUAAUGUAUCUAUAAUGAAGCACAUGCACAGUAAGUAGCAAAGCACUAUAAUUAAUAAUAUGGCACUCUGUUUCACUGCAGAAUCCACAAAAUGACAUUGUAUAUUUCCUAGGCACCACAGCACACUAACAAGUGCAGCACUGUAGCAUAUGCACCACGUAGGGAAAUGUUGGAAAGCAAGGCACAGUAUUUACACUGCACUCCAAGCACAGUGCAAACUAUUUCUGGUAAGAAGCACGAGCACUACAGCACAAUGCAAUGAAUAGUGGGCUGUGUUCUGGUGAAUGACAAGCUGUUAUGUGGUACAUUCAUUCAUAACAUAACCAACAUAAAUCCAUGCCCAUGACACAACUGCACACUGCUACACAAUGCAGUGAAUAAACUAACAAGAGCUGCCUCAUCAAAAUAAUUCUCAACAUUUGCAAAUGUAAAUUUGUGUAACAUUCAAUAAUCAAGUUUGACAUUGGACACCAAGAUAUCCCAUGACACAGUAUACCAAAGAGAAGCCUAGUUUUGUAUUAUGUAGUAAUUACAACAAAUUUAUUGUUAGAAGUUCACAAAGUAUAGUUAUAUUUUGUCACAAUAAAUAAUUAAGCAUAUGAUGAAAUUUUCGGCCAUUACCUCAGUACUAUAAGUGGACCGAGAACUCUCGUACCCAGCCAGAAUGUUCCAUACAACACAUUUAGCUGUGCCUCAAGUGCCAACUCUCUGCAUCUCUCUAAACUGCUGAAAUGUUUAUAAACGACUUACUAAAACCUUCUUCCAAACCUGCAGGAAUUACCAUGUUCAGCUGCUCAUCCCCCACAGAGAAUUCAACUGUAACAUGUCUGCCACCUAUUGCAUCAAGGGAAAACUGAACUUCCUUUACAACUACCUGCUAUACUUAAGACUAAAGACUAUCUAGGUAGUGUACUGCAUAAGUAUUUUAGACUGUAGCUGUUAUGUGUACUAAGCACUACUCUGGUAGCAAAAAUGAAGCAUCCUCCAUGCAGUAUUGAGACUGGGUGGCCAGUAGUGUAUAAACUAGGGAUAAGCAUCAAAUAUAUUAUUCCCAUAGCAUAUUAGAAAUGCUCAGUGUUACAGCUUAAUGUCUCAAAAUUGGCAGCUAUUAGAAAACACAAUACAAAAUGUUAAUUUUAAAGGGCUCCAUGAAACUUGUGAGUCCUAUACCAUUAAUUUGUUGAUCAAAUUUCCAUUAGUGACAUAACUAUACAAUGUUUUUUAUCAUAAUUCAGGUUCAUGAGUGCAAAAGCUGGCUAUUCUUGAAUGGCUUCAGAGCCACUAAUAUGUUAUUCUCUAUACCUAUAAUUACAUUUCUAUUAGCUGCUGUCUCUGCUUUCUCACUUUAAAAUGUUGGAUCAUUCCACAAUCCUAUAGUUACCUUCAUGUCUUAGAAAGCUAUUCCCUUUUCCUGCCUACUUCAUUAUAAUUGAUGGCAAAGUGUAUUAGCAUUAAAAAUUUUAUUGUGACUUUGUGAAUUUGUUCGCAAAUUGUUUCAUAACUUGAACAAAAAAAUGGGAUAGUGGAUCUCAAGUGAUAGUAUGAUCUACAUAAUAAGUCAUGUCAUAGAUAGCAUCAUUACUUAUAUUCAUAUUGCCAUGAUAAAGUACAGUACAAUCAGAAAAAAUAUGAUGGGAUGAGUGUAAAAACUACCUGAUAUUAAAGUGUUGAUAUUUGUCAUGGAACAACCCUGGUCAUCCACAACUUAGGUAAUCUCCUUAUAAGCCAAAUACUUACCCUAAUCAAUAUGUAUCCUGGUUGAUUUAAAAACCGAGUUUUGAAAUUUGGUCUGUAAACAUAACAUGGUGUGACUAAUAAUCAGUGGUUUCAGUAUUGUGUUUUACUAUGAAGGAAUUGUGGAAUUAUUGCCAUGGCAACUAUUACUACAUUGUGACAAUUUACAGCAACAUAAUAGAAGUAUUGUGAGUAUUAAUCAAAAUUUUAUCAGUAUGUCAAGUAAAAGUUUCAAAAACUAUUCCCAACUCUGGCUAGAUCCUUAAAAUUAUCAGAGAAUUUCUACAUAAUAUUUCUUUAGUGCUUUGAAUAUAAUCAAAGAAAGUAUGUAGUACUGACUCAAAUGUGAUUUCUAAACUCGUUUCAUAAAGAAUAUAUACCAAAAUACUUGACCACUUACAAAUGAUGGAUUUACAUCGCCAAAGCAAAAAACUGAGAUAUAAAUCAAAGUUACUCAAGACUGAGUGUCAUCACUUUUCCAGCAUACUGUACCAAACUGAUGUAUUUUAUGUGGUGAGUCUAUUGUAAUUACUAUUUUAUAUCAAUUUUACUAGUGAUCCAACUUGGGUGGAUCAAACUCCUCUUGGUGCUGUUGUGAUAACCCAUGAAUCUUAUUUCAGUGCAUAUUAUGAAGUACAGGGACUUCUGAAAUUUUCAACUUCUUAAAAGAUUGCCAUUGCUGUCUUUCUCAUGGCUUCUGAGUACAAGGUGAAGUCAUAUCACCUUGUUACAUAUACAUGACUAGUAUCUGUGUGUAUGCUGUGUCACCACUACCAUUAUAUCAAGUGUUCAUGUUAUGGAUACCUAGUUGUGAUAUGCUGUUUAUAUAUCCACUACAAACAAAGUACAUGUAGCUAAGUCAUGUUAGCUAUGAGUUAUUUGGCAUGAUCCACAUAUCAAAUGUACGUCAUUUAUUUAUUGAAUUAUUGAAUCUACCUACAGUGAUCUAAAUAUUAAUGAGCCUUAACAAAGUUACCCAUAACAAGUUUUGGCAAUUCUAUGUAAUAUCUUAGUUUAAUGAGCAUAUGGGGAAUCUGGACGUAGUUUAAGUGUUCCAUAUAAAAUAAAUUAUGUUCAUAUUCAUGUAUAUUUCCAUUUAGUUUAAACUUUUUAUCUCAAAAAUAUAUAUGUAUAAACUGUAUAUUAAUAAAAUGUAAGUCAA